AUGCAAGAGAGCGUUAUUCACCUGUACGCUAGUAUCCUUCGAUAUGUCACCGAGAUGGGUCGUGCUCGACAACUUAGCCUUGGGGAGAGAAUAUGGGCCAGUGUUUCGGUUCCCGACCUUGCCAGCCACCGGCUGCUACUGCUUCGAACGAGCAUUGAAAAAGAAAAUCAGGCCAUCAGCAGUUGGAUCAGUGUCGACCAGAAUAUUCGUCUCAGCGAACAAGCGGAGGCAUUGCUUGCUGGCAUUGAAAGCAAUGCAGCACUGAUCCAGAAGACCUACCAAGCCUUCCAACUUUCGAAGCUGCCUGUUGCCGCAGAGGCUAUCAAUGGCUCUUAUGAGACCCAGUAUGAAGGAUUUUGUCUUGAAGGCACAAGGUUCGAGAUGUUACAGAAAAUUCUUAGCUGGGUGGAUGACCCCAAGGGAGAGCAAUGUCUUGGCUGA